GACACGCCGAAUACAGCUUCUUUUCUCAUUAACGUCACUGCUAUUCUUCAUGCGACACUUGCUACGAUCACGCGCGCGAUGCGGGUGCGUUGCUAAAUCGACGUCGCGUUAAAGAAAAAAGUGUCGAGUGAUACCAGAGUUUCAUAUUUCUCAUCAAUUACGUUUUGUCUAUUUGUAACCGAGCAUAUCUAUUUAUAAAUAAUUCACAUCGACAUCAAUAUUUGGAUUUCUUAAAAUUUUACAUGACGAAAAUGAUAGCACAACAAAUUUUUCUAAUUAUACUUUUCUGUAUAUGCACACAUUUUUCGAAUGGUUUUACAAAAGAUGACGACAUUUGUUACGGGAAUCGUCCACAUAUCAACGAUUACCCCGAAUGCCAUUUUUUGAAAAACCGAUAUCGUCUCGUUUGUUUCAAUGGUCUUAAAGACGAAUGGAAAGCAAAGUCUGAAAAUGUGCAGGUACUUAUUCUUUGCGAGUGGCCGAAGGAAACGUUUGAUCCGCAAGAAGUUCUACAGGGAUUUACGUUCUUACGAAAGUUAAUAAUCGCGAACAGUAAUAAUUUAACGCGAUUAUCAACUGCAUUUUCGUUUGAAGCGCAAAAUCUCGAGAAAAUCAACGUGACUGGCACGAAGCUGCAUACAUUUCCAAAAGAUGCGUUCUCUAAUCUACCGGUUUUGAAAUAUCUUGACUUAAGAAACAAUGCUCUCGAAGAAAUCAACAUUACAGCUUUUGGUACACUAGCAUUAAACCACAUUCAUCUAACUGGUAAUCCAUUGAGAUGUACGAAAGAUACAGCGUGGAUUUUGGAUUCUAGCGAAGGAUCAACUGCGAGCAAAGUCGUCGACAAAGACAAAUUGCUUUGCACUACACCGUAUGAUGGAAGACCACUUGUCUCAGUCGUCGAGAUAAUCGCGACGUUGGAAGAAGAAUGCAAACGAACAAUUUGCGACUGUGAACUGAUUUAUGUGGUUGGCGCGGGUACAUUUACGCAGAAGCAACUUAUAACCUUUAAUUCAGUCAAUUGCAGCCAUCGCGGUCUAACCGAAAUGCCCAGUUUCUUACCCGCAAAUACAACGACUCUUCGUUUAACCGGAAAUAAGAUUAAGGACCUAACUCCACUUACGACAAAUCCUACUUACAAGUCAGUACUGGAUCUUUACUUAAACGACAAUUUGAUGGAAUCUAUUGUUAAACUAGAAGGAUCAGAUUGGCUAGAUCGUUUCCGACUGCUUAAUCUUCGAGGAAAUAAACUCACUGAUUUGCCUACUUAUGCUCUGGAAAACGCGUUACUGCACAAUAGCAAUGCAGCUGGUCUGUAUCUUGGAAACAAUUCGUGGACGUGCGAUUGUCAUUUUACACCGAGCUUCCAGGAUCUUUUAAUUAGGCAUCCAAGUAUAGUAAAGGAUAUCAACGAUAUACGAUGUGCUUUCAUAAGUGAUAACGAUAUCUCCAACAAGCAGAUUCGCGAUCUUACCCGGACAGAAAUCUGCAUUUCAUCAAAUGAAGAUGCUUGGCUCCAUCCCCUCGACAUUUUGAACAUCGUAUUAGCGUCAUUAAUAUUUCUUAUACUUGGCAAGCUUCUGUAUGAUUACUGGUCUUUUAAGAAAACUGGAAAGCUACCUUGGAUUGUUGCCAAAAUGCCAUGAGAGUAAUACCAUAAAAAUAUCUCUUAUUUCUUGUAAAAAGAACAGAUCAAGCAGUUCAAAUAACUUUUUUACUGAACUGACAUAUUUAUCUUGUAAACCGUAUGAGUUUGAGCAUACUGACGUAUUAGACUAUGAGUUUAAUAAAUCUUUCAAUGCAGUAAAAGACAUAAUUGUAGAUGGCAAUGCAAUUACCAAAACAUAUAGUAAUUAUACAGCGAAUAUUGACAAGUAAAAAGACGUGAUAUUAGUAUUUUAUAUGUAAUACGCAGGUAUAAAAAAUGAAUUGACUCACCAUUCGUUGUACUCUAGCUAAAUACGCAUCUAGCUGUAUCUGGAGAAAUAGAUCAAUAUUUUAGUUAUUAUAAAUUAUCAUUUUUUAUAUUACUAUGUAAUAUUAUGGAAUAAAUUGU